CCUCCUUCCCGGCUGAAGCGUGUCUGUAGGUGACUGUUUGACUCUCAGCUGCUCAGCUGCCCACCAGCCUGAACACACAACAGUGAGAGACAACAAAGACUGUCAAUGAAACAGGGGAACUUCAACUAAAAGGUCACAGGUGGUGCUGAGAGCGAGUGAUGGAGCUGAAGGUGUGGGUGGAGGGUGUGGUCAGAGUGGUCUGUGGCCUGUCGCUGAACACUUCAUGUCAGGAUGUCGUCAUCGCACUUGCACAAGCAAUCGGCCAGACAGGCCGGUACGUUCUUAUCUUGAAGCUACGAGGGAACGAGAGACACUUGGUGGCUGAAGACUGUCCUCUGCGGCAGCUGGCCCAGCUGGGACAGCAGGCUGCAGAGGUCCAGUUCAUCCUGCAGAGGACCGGUCCCAGCCUCAGUGAGGGUCCAAACACUCCCUCCACAGUGAGACGCCUCCCCCUGCCCAGAUCAUCAGAACCAGAACCCCUCAAACACCACAAAGAGCCUCAAAAGGCUUUCACCUUCAAUCUGGGACCCUCGACGUAUCCCAAAAGACCUAAACCAAACAGAGGCUGGUCUCCAUCACCCAGAGCCUCGCCUGAACCCCGGGCCUCCCCUGUUUCUUUCUUAGACCCUCCCAACUCUGUGAAUGGCUCCAAAGAGGAGGUGUUCAGGCAGAUUCUGCAGCAGCAGAGGAGGCUACAGGACCUGGAUAUUCAGCUGCAAGCUCUGGAGAGGGAGACGGAGCAGUGGGAGAGGUCCUCUGCUGCAGCUCCAAGUCCAACUCCAGGCCUUGCAGAGGAACUGGAGGAACUGGAGCUGCAGCUGAGGCAGAACAAGGCAGAGCUGAUGCAUGCAGAGCACUGGGAGGCUCAGAUACAGGAGGAGAUGGAACAAGAACAAGAUAUGUACAGGCGUCUACACCAGAUCCACUCGUCCAUAGAUGAUCAGAGUUACAAGAUCAGGGAGCUCCAAAGCCGCUCUGCACAUCUAGAACAGGACCUGCAGCUCACAGCCCAGAGGCAGAACUCUCGGGCGGGAACACCGCAGCCAGACGACGCCCUGAGGCCCCUGAAGCAGGAGCUCCACAACCGGCUGCAGCUGGGAGAAGAACUGGAUGCAACACUGUCAGAGACGCAGAGGGAGCUCCAAACUGCAGAGGAAAGGGUAAAGGACAGAUGGGGGAGGAUCGAGGAGCUGAAUAAGGAGCUGAGACAGUGUAAACUGCAGCAGUUCAUCCAGCAGACUGGUGUAACAUCACACACUGACCAGACAAACUCCCUGACUGCCAACGAAGUUUACCUCAGCAACGCUGGUAUUAUGGAGUAGAAGGCUGUCAUCAUAUCUCAGCUGGUUGUUUACAGUAAUUCUCACCUACAGUUUGGUUUUACUGAGGAAAAUAUUCAAACAAAAAAAUGAAGAGUGUACAUCUCCUUUUGUAGGGAUUUCUAUCCUCUCAGAUCAAAUAAAGAAGGAAAUGCAGCAAAAAAAUGAAGAGAAAAAGAAACAAUACUAAAACUAAGUCAGUGCCAUGAAGUGAAACACAAUAUUUUUUUCAGAAAUGUGAUUGAAAAAAAUUUAAAUUAUGAAAUUCAUUUUUAUAUGAAUAACUAAACGAGUAUUUUCUCUGUUUCUGCUGCCGGACUGAAAGAAAAAUUUGUUCUCAGAAACCUUUAAGACCCAUCCACACUACUGUGUGUGUGUGUGUGUGUGUGUGUGUGUGUGUGUGUGUGUGUGUGUGUGUGUGUGUGUGUGUGUGUGUGUGUGUGUGUGAUAAGUCUAUCACUGCCAGUGUCUCUAAAAGGAAAAUGUAUUUUAUACGACAUAAAUGUUGAUGUCACUUGUUUUUUGCUUGUGAAUUUUUUAUAUUUGUCACAUUAAGUCUGUAUUGUAAUUAAUAGUUCACACAACUGUUUAAUACUAUAAUAAUGUUAUUUUUGUAUUUUUAAAGAAUGAAUGUACAGUAAUCCCUUUCUGAAUUAAAGCUCACCUGAUGCAGCA